AGGACGUGGCAAGGAAGUACUUUACUUCCUGUCUUUAGCUGGUGAGUGUUGACAUCAAGCAUUAUCCAGGUAAAUUGAAACGGACGUCCACCUGGAUCAUAUCGGACAUUGGAUUAGCUACACAGGCAGGAGUCAAGUGUGACGGAUAGGCCGGUGUCGUGCACAUGUGGAGCGGGCCGCUGGCGCUCAGCGUCCGGACGUCUGGAGAUGAUGGCAGGGCUACUGCUGCUUAUCUGCGGGCUUCUGGAGCUCUCGGUUAGCGUCUUAGCGAACGGAGACGGUUAUCCCAUCUUCACUGAUGAGAUUCCUUUCAAAAUCACAUGGCCUGGGGCCGAUUUUAAAAUGCCCACUUCUGGUGCACUUUAUAAAGAAGACAACUUUGUCAUCUUGACCACGCUAGAGAAGGAGAAAUACAAGUGUCUCCUUCCUUCACUCACAGCUGGAGACGAGGAUGAUGUCAAGGAAUACAGCGGCCCCAGUCCAGCCGAGCUUCUGGAGCCUCUGUUCAAACGAAGCAGCUGCUCAUACCGGAUUGAAUCCUAUUGGACUUAUGAAGUAUGCCAUGGAAAACAUGUGAGACAAUACCAUGAAGAGAAGGAGACGGGUCAGAAAAUAAGUGUUCAGGAAUACUUCUUGGGGAAUAUAGCAGACAAGAAACAAAGUCCCGAAGCAGAUCUUUCAGCUAAAAGUGAGGAAACUGAAACUGCUCAAUCGACGCCUGAAACGGAAGUUCCGUCUAAGAACAUAGAAGGUCAGCUGACUCCUUAUUACUCGCUGGAGAUGGGCUACGGGACGCCGUGUGUGCUGAAGCAGAACCAGCCACGCUCCACCUCGGUCCUGUACGUGUGUCACCCGGAGGCCAAGCACGAGAUCCUGUCCAUCGCCGAGGUCACCACCUGCGAGUACGAGGUGGUGGUGCUGACCCCCCUGCUCUGCACACACCCCAAAUACAGGUUCAAGUCGUCCCCGGUUAACGCCAUCUUCUGCCAAGCGCUAGCUGGUUCACCGCUGCGGCCUCAGCGGCUGGCCCAGCUGGACAAGGAGCAGGAGGAGCAGCUCAAGCCUCCUUUCAUGGCGACUACGGAGCCCAGGGAGGAGGAGACCACGCCUAUGAAAGAAGAGGCCUUCACUUCCACUCACAAACCCAUGGCCGUGGGCGGGCAGGCCCAGGUAGCCGUGGGCACCACCCACAUCUCACGCCUGACUGACAACCAGCUCAUCAAGGAGUUCCUCAGCGGCUCCUACUGUUUACACGGGGGGGUUGGAUGGUGGAAAUAUGAAUUUUGUUACGGAAAGCACGUCCAUCAGUACCAUGAGGACAAGGAGCAAGGCAAGAACAUUGUGGUGGUCGGGAGCUGGAAUGCAGAAGAACACAUGGAGUGGGCCAAGAAGAACGUGGCUCGAUCCUACCAGCUGAAAGACACCGGAGCGCAGAAAGUCAAGUUGGUCUCGCACUUCUACGGCCAUGGCGACCUGUGCGAUAUGACUGGGAAGCCCAGACAAGUUAUCGUGAAAUUAAAAUGUAAAGAGUCUGAAUCUCCCCAUGCCGUCACCGUCUACAUGUUGGAACCUCAAACCUGCCAGUACAUCCUUGGGGUUGAGUCUUCAGUUAUAUGCAGGAUUCUUGACUCAGCAGAUGAACAAGGACUGCUCUCCAUCUCCACCUAACCUGCCCAAGGUCGUGUGAUGUCAAGCAGAGGAAAAUCCUGAGUGGGGUAGUUGCCAAAAAAAAACAAAAGAAAUGCCCCUGCCGCUGCACAUGAUGUUCAAACUGUGGUGUCGUUGGCCGGGCUGGACUUGAUGCCACCGGGCAGCAGAAAGACCCCCCCAGGCUUCCUGAAACGGUGCAACGGGGGUCCCACCGCAUCACUGGGUUGUAGCUGAAAUAAAUCGCUCGCGGGUUUAUUGUCCAUAUUUUAUAUCUAGGCUUUAAAAUGUGUUGAUUUGGAAUGAAGAAGAUGAAAUCUACAUUUUUCCUGUGUGUGUUUGAGUGUGUCUGAGGACUAAUGAUUGACAGUCUUAGCGCUUGUAAUCUGAAUCAUGAGGGUGAGUGUAACUUAUGCAUCAGCGGCUGCUGUCAAAUGGGUAAAUGCUUGAAAAGCUUCAU